AUGAAGAAAUAUGAUGUUGCAAACGGCGAUAUCUGUUAUUUCCAUGUAGGGUAUCAGGGUACAGCAACUGUGACAGAUGAACGUGAACGUAUCGAUACUCGACGCCCCAAUGCCGUCCCUACAUUCUUGUAUAAUCCUGGCGACAAUGGCAAGGUGGAAGCACUCCCAGAGACAGAUGGGAUUGGCUUACCAGUAAAGGAGAAUCAACCUGCCUAUGAUUUAUUCGUUUGGCUUGCAGGAGAGAAGCGAGCAAUUGUGGUCCAAGUGACUGUGUCUUCACAACACAGUAUUAUUGAGAAGUGUUUGAAACAGCUGAAGACGGCUGGUGCACAGCAUCUCGAACUCGUUGUUGUAACCCCUGUCUUGACAGACGGAGAAACCAUGAGUGUUUAUACAGACAUAGCUAACCAAUACAUGCCAGAACAUUCGAUCACAGUAUAUGUGGAUACUUAA